UCUCAGGCGAAAGGAGACGCUUUGCUUCAUCAGAGCUGUUAUGCGAGAAAAGAGUCACACACAGGCAUGGCAAUUUAAAUAGAAUUAUUUCCUGCAUGCUGUGGUAAAUAUUUUCUCUUUGAAGAAAGGUGUUUGGAUACAUAUAAACCAUAUAUUUUUUGGCUAUUUUGUUUUUCUAACAAUGGCUCGUGGAAUGCCACACCACACCAGAUGGAUACAAUGGCGUUAUGGCGUCGGAAAGAAUUUGCCGCAUUUUGUUUUGCUUUGUUACCUCUGCCAAUUUGUUACCGGACACAUCAGAUAUUCUAUUCCAGAGGAGAUGAAGAAAGGCUCACUGAUCGGCAAUUUCGCACAGGACCUUGGUUUGGAUCUGAAAAGGCUCCGUUCUGGUCAGGCCCGUCUCGUUAGUGGAGAGAGCGUCCAGUACGUCGAGCUGAAGGCAGACAAAGGGGUUCUAGUAGUGAAGGAGAGAAUCGACAGGGAGCAGCUUUGCGGUGACACAACACCGUGUAGUUUCAGUUUUGAGAUGAUUUUAGAAAAUCCUAUGGAGCUGCAUCAAAUUACGGUCGAGAUUACGGAUAUAAAUGAUCAUUCCCCAACGUUUAAAAGAGGUAAUAUGCAUUUUGAAAUAAGCGAAACAGCCACAAAUGGCGCCCGUUUUCCACUAGCGACUGCAGAGGACCUUGAUGUAGGUGUGAAUGGAAUGAGAGAUUAUUUACUGAGUGAAAAUGAUAAUUUUGUCCUGAAGCAACAUGCAAACGCAGACGGAAAGAAAUACGCAGAGAUGGUGCUUCAGAAGCCUUUAGACAGGGAGACAAAACCAAAUAUAUCCCUAAAACUGAUCGCAGUGGAUGGAGGAACUCCUCAGAGAUCUGGUACCGUAAAUAUUGAUGUUAUUGUUCUUGAUGCUAACGAUAAUGCGCCUGUUUUCAAUCAGUCAUUGUACAAAGCCACAGUGACAGAAAAUUCAGCCAAAAACACCUAUGUCACCACUGUUAAUGCUAGUGACGCAGAUUUUGGAUCAAACAGUGUUGUAACAUAUUAUUUUUCCGAUCUUAGUGGCGCUCUUAGAGAUUUGUUUAAGAUUGAUGAAACAAGUGGUGUCAUUUUAACCGCAGGCUCUAUCGACUUUGAAAAGGAUAAGAAGUUUGAGCUUCAAAUUCAUGCAAAAGAUCAAGGAGGACUGACAGAUUACAGCAAAGUGGUAAUUGAAAUAGCGGAUAUAAAUGACAACGCCCCUUUCAUAAGCGUGAUGUCAUUCACCAGCCCAUUGUCAGAGGACUCUCCUCCUGGAACAACAAUCGGCAUCAUUAAUGUAAAAGACGUGGAUUCAGGUGAUAACGGACAGGUGAGCUGUAAAAUUGAGGGCAGUACUCCUUUUAAGAUAAAGUCCAACCUACGAAAUUAUUAUACUUUGAUAACAGAUUCUGUGUUAGACCGUGAAAGCGUUGCAGAAUAUAACAUCACUGUUAUAGCUACAGAUGGGGGAGCACCUCCCCUCUCAGCUAAACGAAUAUUUACUUUGAAAGUGUCUGAUGUAAAUGACAACGCUCCAGUUUUUUCAGACAGUGUUUACAGCGCAUUUGUUUCAGAAAAUAACUCUCCAGGUGUGUCUGUCCUCACUCUGAAAGCCAAAGAUCCUGAUGAGAAACAAAACGCUCGAAUUUCUUAUGUAUUAGAGGGCAGAAAUAUUGCUGCAUCGUCAAUUUCUGAAUAUGUUUCUGUAAAUGUAGAAACUGGAGUCGUACUGGCGGUGCGCUCCUUUGAUUAUGAACAAAUUAAAGAGCUAGUUUUCGUUGUCAAAGCGCAGGAUGGAGGCUCUCCUCCACUCAGCAGCAACGUGACUGUUAAAAUCCUGAUCCAGGAUCAGAACGAUAACCCACCUCAGGUUCUGUAUCCAGUCCAGACUGGUGGUUCUGUGGUGGCUGAAAUGGUGCCUCGUUCAGCAGAUGUGGGCUACCUGGUGACUAAAGUGGUGGCUGUUGAUGUGGACUCUGGUCAGAACGCCUGGCUCUCCUAUAAACUGCAGAAAGCCACAGACAGGGCGCUGUUUGAAGUGGGCUUACAGAAUGGAGAAAUAAGAACUAUCCGCCAGGUGACUGAUAAAGAUGCUGUGAAACAGAGACUGACUGUUAUAGUGGAGGACAACGGGCAGCCCUCUCGUUCAGCUACAGUCAUUGUUAACGUGGCGGUGGCGGACAGCUUUCCUGAAGUGCUGUCGGAGUUCACUGACUUUCCACACGAUAAGGAGUACAAUGACAACCUGACUUUUUACUUAGUGUUGGCUCUGGCUGUGGUCUCCUUCCUCUUCAUCACGUGUUUAGUGGUUAUUAUAUCAGUGAAGAUCUACAGAUGGAGACAGUCCCGCAUCCUGUAUCACUCCAGCCUCCCUGUGAUUCCAUAUUAUCCUCCACGUUACUCAGACACUUUGGGAACAGGGACUCUGCCACAUGUGUACAACUACGAGGUGUGCAGGACGACUGACUCCAGAAAGAGUGACAAUAAGUUCGGAGGAGCUGGUAGUCAGAACGUGUUGAUAAUGGAUCCCAGUUCUACAGGGACGAUGCAGCGAAUACAGAGUGAGAAGAACAUCCUGGAUGAACCUGACUCUCCUCUAGAGGUGAGGCAUAAAAUUAAGCUUUCUCCCUAACAUUGUUGUCUCUUUCAUUUAUCUUACUUUGUGUGAUUGUUACAUUAUAUAUGCAGAAACUCAGAAACCAUAUUUUCAGCA